AUGGAAAAUAAAGUCGAGUAUGCCGUCCUGGAUGAGUUUGAAGACUUCUAUGAGGACUUUUUGGACCCUGAUGCCGGCAGCUUUAAGUCUGACGUCAUAGCACAACAAGGGCAAGCCGAUGACGAGGCUGUGGCUUUCUCCUAUGAGGAGUUUGACAAUGAUGUGGAUGCCCUGCUAGAGGAGGGUAUGCCGGUGCCCAAAAAGAUGCGUCCAUCAGAAGAACCAGAUGGAGGAGACAGUGACCACCAGUCGGACGGAGAGGGAGGUGUCCAGCCCAUGAUGACCAAAAUAAAGACUGUUCUCAAGAGUAGGGGGCGUCCUCCCACUGAGCCUCUCCCUGAUGGAUGGAUCAUGACAUUCCAUAACUCCGGCAUUCCAGUCUACCUGCACAGAGAGACCAGAGUGGUGACCUGGUCCAGACCCUACUUCCUGGGCACCGGGAGCAUAAGGAAACACGACCCUCCCACGAGCAGUAUCCCCUGUCUGCACUAUAAGAAUAUGAGGGAACAGGAGGAAAAGGAGCUCAACGGUGAAGUAACCUCCAACGCCAACGAGUCUCUAGUUAAACCCAGUCAAGUGGACAAUGAAGCCGUGAUGAGCAGUACUACACCCAGCUGUCCAUCAGGGGAUGCAGAUGACGCAGACGUGCCCUCCUCCAGUCAGCCUGAAUGUUUAGGAGAAGCUGAGGCCCAACCCGUGAGAAAAGACCCGCAGUUAUGUGACACCGCACAUGGGGCUCUGGGACAGGUCAAGGCCAAGGUGGAGGUCUGUAAAGACGAGUCCAUAGAACUUGAAGAUUUCCGCCGUUACUUGGAGAAGCGUUUUGACUUUGAACAAGUCACGGUGAAGAAGUUUCGCACGUGGGCUGAGCGCAGGCAGUUCAACAGAGACAUGAAGAGGAAGCAGGCGGAGUCAGAGAGGCCCAUUCUGCCCGCCAAUCAAAAGCUCAUCACACUCUCUGUCCAAGAUGCACCCACCAAGAAAGAAUUUGUUAUCAACCCGAAUGGCAAGUCUGAAGUCUGCAUCCUUCACGAAUAUAUGCAACGUGUCCUAAAAGUUCGACCUGUUUACAACUUUUUUGAAUGUGAGAACCCAAGUGAACCCUUUGGAGCGUCUGUUAUUAUUGAUGGAGUAACCUAUGGUACAGGAACUGCAAGUAGUAAAAAACUUGCCAAGAAUAAAGCUGCUCGUGCCACACUGGAAAUCCUCAUCCCUGACUUUGUGAAGCAAACCUCAGAGGAGAAGCCGGUGGAGGGAGAUGAAUUGGAGUAUUUUAAUCAUAUCAGUAUAGAGGACUCAAGAGUUUACGAGUUGACCAAUAAAGCAGGACUACUUUCGCCAUAUCAGAUACUACACGAGUGCCUUAAAAGAAACCACGGUAUGGGGGACACUAGCAUUAAAUUUGAAGUGAUUCCGGGGAAAAACCAGAAGAGUGAAUACGUGAUGACCUGUGGGAAGCACACCGUACGAGGCUGGUGUAAAAACAAACGAGUUGGGAAACAAUUGGCGUCUCAAAAGAUUUUGCAAAUGCUUCAUCCACAUGUGAAAAACUGGGGUUCACUGCUGAGAAUGUACGGCAGGGAGAGCAACAAGAUGGUGAAGAAGGAAAGCUCCGACAAGAGCGUCAUCGAACUUCAGCAGUACGCCAAAAAGAACAAGCCAAACUUGCACAUCUUGAACAAACUGCAAGAGGAAAUGAGAAAACUGGCCAAACAGAGGGAGGAGACCAGGAACAAACCUAAGAUGACCAUUAUGGAAUCGGCUCAGCCCGGCAGCGAACCCCUCUGCACUGUUGACGUUUGA